AUGUUGCGACAGCUCACAGAUAUAAGCUGCCGUUUCUCAAUUUACCUAAAUUCAGAUUUCGCAGAUACGCGUAAAGCACUAGUUGACAGGAAUAGUAAUAUUCAAGAUGUUGAAAAAUUAGUACAUUUAAAAAGCUGCUUAGAGGAUGAGGCAUCCGAUUUGAUUGCGUCUAUUGAAACUUCGUCAGAAAAUUAUAAAGUAGCUUGGAAAUUACUGCAAGAUAGGUACGACAAUAAAAAGGUCAUAAUUGAAAGUCACGUCAAAUCAAUCCUCGAUCUACAGCCUGUGUCGAAGGAAUCGUCGGUCUGCGCGUUUCUCGAUCAGUUACAGAAACACUUUAGAGCGCUUCGCGCGUUAGACGAAUCGGUUGAUAGUUGGGACACGUUAUUAAUCAUGAAAGUGAAAGAUAAACUCUCAUAUCGGCUUCGCGAAAAGUGGGAAGAUUUGACAAGUGAAUCCACAGUCCCCACGAUGAAACUAUUUUUGGAAUUCUUGCAACGUCGAGCUCAAUUUGACGAAAUUAAAUUCACUCAAUCGCCGUUCAGAUCACAAUCUAAAUCGGAACCGAAGUCAGAUACAAGGUACGAUAAUAAACGCAAUUAUCAAAUUAACAAAAAGUUGCAUCCGCAACAUGCUUUUCUCGCAAAUUCCAGCAAGAUCCGUUGCUAUCACUGUCAAGGUGGGCACAGUAUUUAUUCAUGUGAAAGCUUUCUAAAACUAUCUCUUAAAGAGCGCGUUGACUUCGUUAAAAGGUCGUCUCUUUGCUGUAAUUGUUUUCACACCAAUCAUCAGCUCAGCGAUUGUCGUGGUGGGGCCUGCAGACAAUGUGGAAAGCGCCACAAUUCACUGCUCCACACCGACUCUGAGAAAACCGAGAAUUCCGAUAAAAUUAACUGCAAGCUUCCUAUUCAGAAUAUGUACGUUCGGACAGCGUCAUAUGAUCUAUUGUCAACCGCCCUCGUCGAUAUCUUUAACAGCCAAGGCAAACCUCAUACGUGCCAGGUGAUGUUAGAUAACGGAUCUCAAUCCAAUUUUUCAUCUGAAAAAAAUGGCACGUCUCCUAAAAUUAUCGACGAGGACUGA